AUCACUAUCAUAAAGUAAAAUUGGGUUUUAUUGAUUUCGAAAAUUACGCGCCGUAUAUAAAUAUGGAUAUAUUAAAUCCACAAGAAAACGACGGUAUAAGUCUGAUAAUAGAACCUGGAUAUACAUGGAAUGAAAUGCGAGAGAACGUAAUGAAUUCUUGUUUAAAAAAAAAGUUUCACAUUAUUUUAGACGGAGAUCCCAAAACAGAUGAAGUGUACAGAAAAAUACUGGAAUUGUUAAACUCCGAAUUGAACUUAGAUGAAAUAACCAGCCUUUUCGUUAUUGUUGGCACUCUUUAUUUUAUUGAAGCUACACCUCUAAACAUGGAAUGGCGCACACAGCUUUUGCAAAGAACAUUUAACUAUACAGACACAUUAAGCCCAAUGCACCUUCAUUUAGCGACUAAACGACUUUGGACAAGUUUGAAAAAGAAGGAGACGGACGUGUUCAAUAUACUUGAACUCUGUAACCAAAUGGUUAUCAUAAGUGAAACAGCUAGAGCUAUUUCUAUUUGUCUUAUGUGGACCAUACUCUCUGAAAUAACAGAAACUCCUAGCGAAAUGUAUUGCUUCAGGCAGUUCAUGAAGUUGCUCGAAAUGCUAAAUAAUAUAGAAAAUGAGACACUGCAGGAGGAGGAAAAUACUAAAAUUGUUUACAUUUUAGUGCGUGUUUUAAGUUAUCUUAUAAAUGUCAUUCUCUGUGAUGCUCAAAAUGAGGAUAUUAUUAAAGCUGGCUACCGCAUGUACUUUAAAUACACUUCUUCAUUUUUAAAGCAACUUUUGAAUUGGUGCGAAAACUUUAAAAAGACUAUAGAUUCCUGCCCCAAACCAAAGCAAAUUCAAACUGAUUGGGAUCUCCGUAUGAUGAUUACUGAGCACAUCAGCUUUAAUAUUAUUAAUGUUCUUCAAGAUAGAAUAGAACAGAUGAGUGCACCGGAUUAUACCUAGGAUAAAUUUAAGUUGGAAGUUUUACAUAAUUCAGCUAAUUAUGUAUAUGUACAAUUUUUUAAGUAAAAUAUGUUUUUAUAUAGAAAUUACAUUUAAUGUAUUACACACGAAAUGAAAAUAAAUUACAUGUACUUAAUAAAGUUUAGUCAUUUAAAA